AUGCCCAUAACCGAGAAGAAGCGGGUGGCGUCGUUGUCCCGAGGGUUUGGCAUUUCCGUGAUCGACACAGGGGACAGUAAGCAGAUGAGCACGGGAAAGAACCGGGUCGGCAGCCGUGGCCAGCAACAACAGCUGCAGCACAGUCCUGAGCUGCCUCGAGUGCAGACGUUGGUUCCUGGCGCAACCAGUCUAGACGACAUGGACGGCGAUGUCUCCAUAGUCAGCGAUUCGACCCUGUCGGAAAUUGUCAUAGACGGCGGAUCAAACGCAAGCACCAACGCAAACACUAGUGGAGGUGACAAGAACGAUUUGCGGAUCGACGUCUCUCUCUCGUCGUCCACUCUUCGGCGCUCGUCAUUCAACCAUCAGAAACAGCAGCAGCAGCAACAGCAGCAACAGCAACAGCAACAGCAACAACAGCAACAGCAACAGCAACAGCAACAAAAGCAACAGCACCAUAAUAACCCACAGCAAAUAAUCAGAGCCUCGGCAAUGUCACAAAGGUUUAGAUCAACACCGUCGUUGCACUCUCCAUCAAUGCCUUCAUCUAGCGUCACCUCCCCGACUCUGCUCCAAUCGCGGUCCAACACAAGCUCACCGUACCUGGCCCAGUCGAGACGAAGUCAUCACAACCUUCACUCAUACACAACCACGAGGCUUCCGUCCCGUCGCAGCUGCCAGCAGCUCACCAAAAAGCAAAAGGACAAGCUGUAUGAUGACGACAACGACACAUUCGAUGAUACUGAUAACGACAUCCUGAUGUACAACGUCCCCAUCGCCUCCACGGCGUCUCUUCGUCUGUUUCAGAACGGGAAUGCAUUAGAGUCCUCGGAAGCUCUUCGGAAAGCAUGGAACGAAUCGGAAUCUAACCUUAUCAUCCAGCCUUCCCCUCUUCCGGGUAAGUUGUCGGACUCCAUGACAGCCUUUACUAGCCCCUCCGAAGCAAUUCCGCCCCCAACUUCGUCCUCUACCGCUUCUACUCCUACCCCGACUUUGAGCUCGAUGACUGCACCCCCUUCUGCCACCACUACAUCUGCUGCCAUCACUGCCAUCACUGCUGCGUCUACCUCAGACCUUCCGAGAACCCCGACAACGGGACCAGGUAUGAAGUUCGAAAGCCCCUCGUUGAUGAAAAAUCCAUCAUACAGCACCCUCUCUCCAACAGCACAGCAGAUAUCAACCUUCUACGAGUUUUCGUCUCAUACCCAUGCUGAGGAAGAGUUAAGGAGACGAAAACAGCAGUCAACUCCGACGACGGCAGCACCGGGACUGACCUCUGCUCUCGACGAUUUGUCGAUGGCUUCAGCGGAAAAGCUAUCCAAGCUCUCCGUCACCAGACCAUCAUGGAUCCCACCCAAGGACCAGACUGAGCUGCAUCGGCACGAGAAAGAAUUCAAGAAAAUGAUCGAAAGAACGAGCAAGGAAGCGUUGAAGCAAUCCAGACAGCAGAUUAAACUGCAGCACGAGAGAACGAUUGCUAAUGCGAGGUUGAAUUACUUAUCAGAAAAGAAUUCAUUAACGUCGGCAAACUGCAACGAAGUCCGCAAAUACAUCCUCAUCACGGAAGUGAGUAGAAGCACAAAAUUUAAGCUUUUCCGUAAGAUGGUGUCUUACAAGCUCGGAGAGGGCGUCUUGUUGUCUCCUCCAUAUCAAAAGCAAGCGUCUUCGGACGAUAGCUUCGACGAAAACUUGGAAAAGCUUGACAUCCACACACUCUUAGAAUCUGUCCCCACAAAGCCAACACAUGACGAAAUGUCAUCUCUGCAAACGAUUCUGCAACCGCUUACGCGUCCGACGUCAUUAAAGGACGUUGACGUCAGCAAACUCCCGAAAAUCCCUGCUCUGCCAAUCCAAACUCUUUUGCCCCGGUUUGCCCGUAUCGCAUUGACGCUGCUCAGAUCAGGCUACUCCACCCCGCAGGUCCGUGACAUCAUCUACUGGCUGCACGCUGCCAUCUUCACAGUUAAAUUCAAAGAAACCUUCGCCAAGCUCCUCUCAAAACAGUAUGUACUGAAGCUUUUCAAGGAGUUCAAGGACGACUACUCCAUUUUGUCCGUUCCAACCGGUCUCGAUCUCAUCCUCGACCUCGACGAUUUCUACGUGACCAAGUGCAUUGAGUCGCUGAUAGUGUUCUGGGCCUUGGGUGGCGGACGUGGUGUCCGAGUCUUCGUCGCCAUUGUCAUCUGCGUAAUACGCGAGUAUCAUUUUGGAUGGAACAAUCUACAGGUGAUAUUCCAUUCAAAGGCCCACGUUUACCUCGGUGAUGGCGAAGAAAGUCAAGAGAAGUUUUUUGGACGUGCUUUGAGCUACUACACACUUAUAAAAUGA